AGCCGACGUGUGGCUAUGGCGUCUAACAGUCUUUUCAGCUCGGUGACUCCAUGUCAGCAGAACUUUUUCUGGGAUCCGAGCACCAGCCGCAGGUUCAGUCCGCCGUCCAGCAGCCUUCAGCCGGUGGCGGGGAAGAUGAGCGAUGUGCAGCAGGAGCCGAACGCGGCGGUGCCGAGACUCCGACAGCACGACAACCGAACCAUGGUGGAAAUCAUCGCGGACCACCCCGCUGAGCUCGUGCGGACGGACAGCCCCAACUUUCUGUGCUCAGUGCUGCCGUCUCACUGGAGGUGCAACAAAACUCUCCCGGUGGCGUUUAAGGUUGUCGCUCUGGGAGAUGUUCCUGACGGGACCGUGGUGACAGUUAUGGCAGGAAAUGACGAGAACUACUCGGCAGAACUGCGAAACGCCUCAGCUGUCAUGAAGAAUCAGGUGGCGCGUUUCAAUGACCUGAGAUUUGUUGGCAGGAGUGGAAGAGGAAAGAGCUUCACGCUGACAAUCACAGUAUUCACGAACCCACCGCAAGUGGCGACUUACCAUCGAGCCAUAAAGGUCACAGUGGAUGGACCGCGGGAGCCACGAAGACACAGACAGAAACUGGAAGACCCCCCAAAACCGCCGCUGUUCUCCGAGCGCCUGAGCGAGUUAGAGCGUUUACGCCAGACCACCAUGAGAGUUGCCGUGCAAACCCAGAGUCCCCGGCAGUCUCUCAACGCCACGCCGAACUCCUUCAAUCCACAGGGGCAAACUCAGAUCUCAGAUCCGCGGCAGGCACAAUCCUCUCCACCCUGGUCCUACGAGCAGCCGUACACUCCUUACCUGAGCCAAAUGACGUCACCCUCCAUCCACUCCACCACACCGCUGUCUUCCACCCGCGCCACCGGCCUGCCCACCAUCAGCGACGUGCCAAGACGCCUCUCAGGUACGUCGGAUCUCAGUCCGUUCUCGGCAGACCCACGGCAGUUUGAACGUCAGUUUCCUGGUCUGUCCACGCUCACAGAAAGCCGUUUCCCCAGUCCCAGAAUGCACUAUCCUGCGACGUUCACGUACACCCCCACGCCGGUCACCUCUGGCAUGUCUCUGGGCAUGUCCACCACCACCCACUACCACACCUACCUGCCUCCGCCAUACCCCGGCUCCACCCAGAACCAAAGCGGGCCCUUCCAGACCAGCAGCACGCCCUAUCUCUACUACGGCGCCUCAUCCGGGUCGUACCAGUUCUCAAUGGUGCCGGGCGGAGAUCGAUCCCCUUCCAGGAUGCUGCCGCCUUGCACUAGCGCAUCCACCGGCAGCACCCUCAUCAACCCCAACCUGCCCAAUCAGACGGACGGAGGCGAGGCGGAUGGCAGCCACAGCAGCUCGCCAACUGUGCUCAACUCCAGCGGCAGGAUGGACGAGUCCGUUUGGCGACCCUAUUGAGACGGUCUGGUUGAAUGAGACCUCAACGCAGCACUGUUAGCCUUAAAGACAGAGUGCGAGAGAUAGUUGCAUGUAAGCAUGAUCGGAUUUGAAGCACAAACUCAUUGGUACUCAUUGUUGAAUGGUUGCAGUGUAUUUUAUGACUACACUGAUGUUUUUUAAAAUUCUUUAAUACAGAUGACAAUUUACGGCAUUAGUCUGAUUCAUCUGACAUUCCACAUCUGCUAUCAGUGAUAUAACAGACGCCAGUCACUGAAUUUAAAGGAAUAGUUCACUCAGAAAUGAAAAUAUGCUGCCUCAUAUCGUUCUAAACCCAUCCACUGCAAUAAAGGAUUUUUAGUACAACUUUAGAUAGUUGUACUAUCUAAACAUUCUCAAAUAAACAUACAUUUACUUGAGAAGGAAAUUACUUAAGGUAUUAAGUCUUGUUUCCUAAAAAAAUAACUUUUUUUUUUUUUUCAAAAUUGAUUGAGUUUAUACUUGAGGUAUGGGGUAAAGUUUUUUUCCCGACCCCACUGGCAGAUAAUUGUCUCAUCUCAUCUCUCAUCUCAAUUUAUUUAUAAAGCACAAUUAAAAACAACCACAGUUGACCAAUUUGCUGUACAAUGUUCUAAAAAGACUUAUAAAAACCAAUCAAAAAACAAUUUAAAAAAAUGUAUAUGUAUAAUACAAAAACAAAACAAACAACAACAGACAACAAAGGACAUCACAAGUCAUAGGCUUAAGUGAAAAGUUACGUUUUAACUUUUAAAAAUAUGUAAUGUUGGUGCUGUUCUAAUAUGGAUCGGUAAACUGUUCCAAACUCUGAUAGGUAAACCUUAGAGUUCUCACAGGAUGGUGUUUACACAACAAGUCAAAAAGGUAAGAGGGGGCGAGGCCAUUUAAACAUUUAAAAACAAGCAGAAGCACUUUAAAUUGAUUCUAAAGCGGACUGGGAGCCAAUUUAAGACAUUAAAACAGGAGCGUUUGCGAACACUGGUUAAAAGUCUUGCAGCCGCAUUUUGGACCAUUUGUAAUCUACAUAAUGAAGAAUUGUUUAUUAUUACAAUAUUACAAUAGUCAAUUCUAGAAGAAAUACAAGCAGGAAUUGCAGUUUCAAAGUGCUUAAAAGAAAGGAAAGUCUUCACUUUAGCCAGCACUCUUAGUUGGUAAAAACUUGACUUGACAACUAAAUUUAUUUGCCUCUCAAAUUUAAGUGCACUAUCAAAUAAGAUGCCCAAUUUUUUACACAUGAUUUAACUGAAGAAGAUAAAACACCAGAAUUUAAAUGAGAAAUGUUUGGGAUUUUUGGAAAAGCCAAACACGAUGAUCUCUGUUUUACUCUCAUUUAGAUUUAAAAAAUUUAACGACAUCCAGUCUUUGACAUCGGAAAGACAGGCACAGAAGGAGUCUAAGUCAUUUGUGUGCUUCAGAGGCAAAUAAAGUUGAGUAUCGUCUGCAUAGCAAUGGCAGUACAAGCCAUGUUUUACAAAAAUAGAGUCUAAAGGAAGCAUAUAUAGAGAAAACUAUAAAGGGGCCAAAAUAGAGUCUUGGGGGACCCCACAAAUCAAGGGGACCACACCCGAGUGGCAUCCUUCUAUAUUUGUUAUUGUUUUAAGCAUUAAGUCACAUAAUUUUAUGUUUUGUUUUUUCAGGUAAAUAAGACUUUACAUUAUCUUAUAUCAUUUUGCUUCUCAAGUAAAUGUUUCUUGAUUUAAGAAAGUUUUGACAUUUUAUUGAAAAAAGAGACGAAAUGCAAAAAAAGAUAUCACUUUUUGCAGUAUUUACUUCCUUUCUUUUGUGGAACACAAAAUGACAUAUUUAGCGCAAUGUUAACGCUGCACAUUUAAAUGCAAUGAAAGCAUAUGGUGGUGGUAAAGCUCCAAAAUGCUCUUUAAUGUGGUUUUUGAAGCUUGAUAGCUGAUCAUGUGGCUUUCACCACCAAAAGAAGGUGGCUUGUGUGCUAUAUAUUCUAAUUAUUCUAAAAACAUUCAGUAACUUUGUGUAAAGAGCAGACCAAUAUUUAAGAGUAAAUGUUGCCAGAAUAUUCAUUUUUGGACGAACUAUCCCUUUACCUGUCCUAGAGUAAACUUUCAUUGCAAUAGGAAUGCAUACACACUAUUGGCUCAGAAUAUUUUUAUACUAACUUGGUCUAAUUUAGCAUUUCUUAACACUGAAAGCAAUUUUUUUAUUUAUGCGUGUUAGAAGUCAGCUAUUUGAAACCUUACUGGCUAAUUCCCUCUGAUUAUUUUAAUUUAUGUAUGAAAUGGUAGCAAACGGUACUGACUGCGAAGCAAUAUAAGCCAUAUAAACUUUAAAUUAUGCAAUGUGUUAGGAGGGACAAAAUCUAAGACGUUUGAAUAUUAUUUUUUGGGACAUCUAUUAAUAACUUAAUGAAAUAUUUACUCGUUUUGUAAUUUAAAUGUUUUGUUAUUAUUGUUAUUGUAAAGCAACCAAAAAGAAAAUCCAAUGGUACGCAAGCAAUGAAGGAAGGAUAUUUCAUUGUAAGACUAUAUCCACAAUCAAAUGUUUGUGGAUUUUUCUCGGAGUAAUAUCUCAGUCUGAUACGUUUCAUAUUAAUAACAUGAAGUAAGCAAGCGUUAAGACAUCCAGAAAUGUUUUAGACUGAGUAAAUCUGAGUGAAUAACAUCCAUAACAAAAACAAUCAAUAAAUGUACAAAGAUAUGUUACGAGAGGUGACGUGCUGCACUCUCCACUUGUUUUAUUUUGGUAUCCAAUGUUUAGCAAGUUAAUUUAUUUUAGAUGUAAUUUUUAUUUAAUGUUUUUGGUGACUACAAGAACGACCAAACUCUUGCAGCAGUGGCCUAAAUCUCUGCUUCUUCAGAUACAGACAUGAUCAAAUCUUGCGCAUGCACUUGCAAAACGACCAGUUUCAAUACAAUUGUCAGCCUUCUCUUCUAUAACUGGAUGGUUAACUGCACUUUGUAGGUUAGUUAAAUACUAUGCAAACUGUACUACAACAAUCACACUCAGAAAUGUCUCUUUGCUGUGUGCUAAUGUUCUUGAGGUACAAUAUAAUCAAAGUACUUGGCAUUUUAGACAACAAAUGAAAACAACAAAAUCUCUGAUAGAAGUACAGUGAAAUGAACUGUUUAAGAUGAGAUGGGCUGUAAGCAAACAUUAUACUGAACAGACAAUCAAAUUUAAUUCCACAAUGGAAAAGUUUAUCAUCUCUAUUUCUAGAAUUUAUUUAUUGGUCAGAAAACCAUAACAAGAUGAGAUGAAAUUAUCACUGAAAAGAGAACUCAUGCAAAUACGUUACCAAUUUUGAAACAAUUCUGUUUGUAAUUCUUUACACUUUGUAGUUGGCAUCUUUGAAGAUUAAUGUACAUGUUUCUGGAUUCAACAAGUGGUACUUGAUAGAAUGUUUGUCCAUAUGUAAGUUAAUAGGCUGCUGGCAGCGCCCUUCUGAAACAAAUCUCACUUGUCUGCUUUAUUUCUGUUUUUGUGUAGAACAAAGCACUUCUUCUUUUAAAGGGAUGUAAAACAAAUGAAGCCUAAAUGCCAGAUAUAAAGAACAAAUAGAUAUUUUACUCAAGAACUUAUAUUUUGCAUGAAGAAAAUGAAGGCUUUUUUGCAUAAUGACAUAAUGACAAUUAAGGACAUUUUCUUCCCUGACUAACCUUUCUGUUUUGGCACAAUAAAUUACAUACAUUAACAUCAAUUAAAUCCAGUACAAUAGUAACUAAAAAUAUAUAUGCAUUUUUUCAUGUUACAGUAAUGAAUAAUUAUUAAAAAUAAUGUCUCAAUGCAAAACAUAAGCCAAACAUAGUCCUAAACUUCAUGCAAAAUAUGUCAUGUUUUUUCUCUUUGAUUUUUGUGAUCAAAUGUAACUUGAACAUGUUCUUGAUCAGUUUUGAGAGAUUCACCCAGCAAUUAAACUGAGCUAAAAACAAGCAUGUAAGCUUUUUUCACCCCAUCUAUUUGUUCUGUACAGUAUUAAACCCCAUUUAUUUGAGUAACAAAAACAUCACUUACACUGCUGUCCUUAACUGCCCUACUAUUUGAUUUUGCCUUUUCUUUACCGUGGUGUCUUCUGGUAUGAGGAGAGCAUUUAUGUUUACAGAAUGUUUACAAAAACUGCAAGCAGGUAACUGCAAAUGUAAAGAACCUCUGCACUGUUAACUUUUUAUGAAUCCAUGUUUAAUUGCUUCAACAUGCCUGAUAACACAAGAACAACAUUGGUCUGUCUUAAUCAAACAUGUCACAGGGCCAAAAUAUUUCUAUGCUUUUGGGCUAUAGACUAUGUUUUUCAUUCACCCUUUUUUAUGUAGUACCCUUGCAAGAGUUUUACAACUUCUGGGUCAACUAGCAGAGAUUCCUUCCAUGAGACUAUUUAUCUCUGUUCUAUACAUUAAAACAAGCAUUGAGAGUUCAUUUACAUAUGUUUUGUCAUCAUCACAGACAUUCAGAGAGUUUUGGGAUUCUCCUUGGAAUAUCUAUUUGCAAAUUUCAUGUAUAUUGCCAGUACGCAAGGUCAGUUUAAAUAUGAAGAAAACCAAAUGCUUCUGCGACAUAUUUUGCGCUUUGUUAUUUUCGUUUCUGGACCCUGGAAACACAAUGCUAUUGAAAUAUGCAUCAUUUUGAUUCAUCACAAUGCUUUGUUUGUAAACAACUUCCUUGCACAUACUGUACAGAUGUUUCAGUUUCAACAGUCCUGUUUGUGAAACUUUAACCUGUUUGUAUGGGACAAACAAUCCAGUAAAAAUAUUGUGAGAUUUUUGAGCGUUUCUGAUGAUUGUAUCAUUUGUCUUUGAGAAUAAAAAUGGCUUUUUGUUAUAA